GCACGCCGCAGCAAUAAGCGCGGCCGCGCGCCGCACGCGUUCCAAAUUUAAACGACGAAAAAAAAAAAGAAAACAAAACAAACGACAGUGAUUCCAUAUUUAAAUAACGAAACUAGUGACAUCUGUGUAUUAAUAUUGAAAAAUGAGGCGUAACGUGAAAAUAUUGUUCCUUGUGGGCGCAGUAUGGAUAUUCUUCAUAUUUUACUUCAUGCAGCCUGAUUCAGCACAAUCUAAGGAAGAAAACAUAGCAUUACGUUUGAUAAAACAGCAUGCAGACCUUGAAGAGACAGAGAGUAGUCCAGCGUCACCAGACGAGUCUUACGGGACGGGCAGCACUGGGAGAACCUACUUUGACGAGGGGGGUUACGUGGCCGGCGGGGCGAAGGACUCCGACCCUUAUGUGAGGAACCGGUUCAACCAGGCUGCGUCGGAUAGCUUGCCCAGCAACAGAAUUGUGCCUGAUACAAGAAACGCUAUGUGUCGGCUUAAAAAGUAUGAUGAAGACCUCCCUCAGACAAGCGUGAUCAUCACGUUUCACAACGAGGCGAGGUCGACACUCCUCCGUACCAUAGUCAGUGUAAUAAACAGAAGUCCGGAGCAUCUCAUCAAAGAAAUAAUCCUCGUGGACGACUUUAGUGAUAAUCCGGAAGACGGAGCCGCACUGCGUGCUAUCAGAAAAGUCCGCGUCAUCAGAAACAUCAAGAGGGAAGGUCUGAUGAGGUCCAGGGUGAGAGGAGCGGACGCGGCGACCGCUCCAGUGCUCACAUUCCUUGAUUCCCACGUGGAGUGCAACUUACACUGGCUGGAACCACUACUGCAGAGGAUAAAAGAAGACCCAACUCGCGUGGUCUGCCCAGUAAUUGACGUCAUCAGCAUGGACACCUUCCAGUAUAUAGGGGCGUCAGCCGACCUUCGAGGAGGGUUCGAUUGGAACCUGGUUUUCAAGUGGGAAUACCUAUCACACUCUGAACGUAGCGCUCGUCUCAGCGACCCCACUCAAGUCAUCCGGACCCCAAUGAUAGCUGGGGGCCUGUUCAGCAUGGACCGCAUGUACUUCAACAAGCUGGGGAAGUACGACAUGAAGAUGGACGUGUGGGGCGGGGAGAACUUGGAGAUAUCCUUCAGAGUGUGGCAAUGCGGUGGCUCCCUGGAAAUAGUUCCGUGUUCCCGAGUGGGCCACGUGUUCCGCAAGCGUCAUCCCUACACGUUCCCGGGCGGGUCCGGGGCGGUCUUCGCUAGGAACACGAGGAGGGCCGCCGAGGUCUGGAUGGACGAUUACAAAGAGUUGUAUUAUCGGUCGCAGCCGCUGGCCAAACAAGUGGAGUAUGGAGACAUCUCAGAACGCGUGGCUCUCCGUGACAAACUACACUGCAAGCCAUUCCGGUGGUACUUGGAGCAUGUGUACCCUGAGCUCCAAGUGCCGACCAUGUCAGGGGCUUCUCACGCUAUCAGACAAGGAGCGAGGUGUCUUGACACUAUGGGACAUCUCGUUGAAGGAACCUUAGGCAUGUAUCCCUGUCACAACACUGGGGGCAACCAGGAAUGGCGUUUCGAGAGCGGCCUCAUCCGCCACCAUAGUCUCUGCAUAUCCCUCUCCCCCGAGGAUCGCGUCACGGCCGUCCUCGCCGCCUGCGACGCGGCGGACGACGCGCAACUCUGGAGAAGACAGGGGCUUCUUAUAAGGCACGCGAAACUCGACGCGUGCUUAGACUCUGACCGGCCCGCUUUGUACCUCCAGAGAUGUGACGAAGAAAAACCUAGCCAGCACUUUUCUUUCUAAAGUUCUUUUAGGAAUAGGUAACAAUGGAUUUUCGCGUUUUUUAUCAUGUAAAUAUGAUUGUGAUCAAUGAAAUCUGAUUAAAUAAGAAGAUCAGACCGAUUUCUAUGCGGAAUGAGAAUUUGAUAGUAAUUUCCAUUCUCAGAUGCCUAAAGACGUAUUAUUAAGAAGAGGUUAGAAUGAACUUGCACGUAUUAUAAUAAGAUUUAUGUAAAUAUUACGUUAAGGUAAAGCUUAAUAGUGAAAUCUAAGUUAAUAAGUGUGCCGUGUGGUUCCCAGAACUUUAAAAAAAAAAGAAUAGAACUACUCCAUCUAGUUCCCAUGGACGUCGUAAAAGGCGACUAAGGGAUAGGCUUACAACCUCGGGAUUCUUCUUUUAAUCGAUGGGCAAGCAAGCUGUCACUAUUUGAAUCAAAAUCCUAUUAUUAAGCGUAACAGCUAAACGUGCCUACCAGUAUUUUCAAGACUGUUGGCUCUGUCCACCCCGCAAGGGAUACAGACGUGAUUAUCUGUAUGUAUGUAUGUAAGUAAAUAAAUAAAUAAUUCACAUCUUGACUUAGAAAUUAGCGAUCUAUCAUCAUGAUCCAGCCAAUAAUAUUCUGAUUGAGAUUCCUAGGUUUUUAUAGGUAGUAAUAAUCUUAUUGAUGAUAUGACAGUAAACUUGCACUUAUAACCGUAAGAUAUUAUGAUGUAUGAAUGCGAAUAAUUAUGAAUUGAAGUGAGCAAAAACGGAAAAAAUGUCACGUUUAAAUUAACAUUGAAACUAUCAAUUAAAGAAUUAUUAUUAUUCUUAAGAAAAAUAAUUAGUUUCACCUUCAUCAAAGAAAUAUAAGAUAAGAAAUUCAUAUAGGUAUCUUUAAUUAUUUCAAGUAGUUUUUAUAUAAGUAUGUCAAGUUCACAUUAUACUGAGUUACAUUUUUUUUAAUAUCAUUGAAUGAUAUAAAAUUAAGUAGAUCUUUUGAAGUAGUUUAUAACUACUCUUCAUCUCAAAUACUUAGAAUCUCUAAAAAAUAAAACGUAUUUCUGCUCACUAAGAUUUUCCAUCUUGAAUCUCAAAUUUCCUACAAUCAUCUUCAUAACAUAAAUUUAGUAUUAAUGAAUUAUCAUUGAUUAUAUUCUUACAAUAAUGUCUUAAAACGAUAGAAAAAAAAACUCGGAUUUUCUCGUGGUAUUAAAGUAUGGUUCGCAAAAUUAUGAGAUGUGAUUUGAAUGUACAUAAUUAUUAGUCACAAAAAAGACUUAAAAGACGCUCGCUUUAAAAUUGUACUUAUCCAACUUUACAAAAAGUGUGGGCACCGGGCAAUAUACCUACCCUUGGUGUGGUGCCAAACUGUGUAAAUAAAUACUUUUUAGUAUAGAGAUCUAUUUAAGACUAGCUUGACAUUCCAAAUUUAAUUUGUUUUUUUUUUUAUUAAAUCUGCUUUAUUGUAUUUUUUUGUGUUCAUUUUUAUAAGGUUUAUGAAUUAUUAUCAAGUAGGUUUAUUUUAAUCUAUACUUAUGUUACCACUAAAAUUAAGAAAAAUAUUUAUAAGCUCUGGCCGGGGAUGUGGAAUGAAGAAUAGGUAAGGUUUGUUGGGCAUCGGGUUUCGCCGUCCAUUUUUAUUUUUUUAAUGUAUGGACCAUAGAUUAUUCAUCUAUGUUUUGGACCGCCUAAGCCCUUGUUGCGCUUUUGAGCAGUAGAUUUAUGAAAAAAAUACUUAGUUGUGAAAUAGAUAUUAAAAACUUAUAUUUUCAGAACUAAAUGCAGUAUAUUUCAUAUCUUUUUUCUUCGCACAUGAUUUUAUUAAAUAUUAACUCUUUGCAUCCCAUAAAUUGAAAUUGUCGGUUAAUAUUUUUGUUACUAGGUAUUAGCUUUAUUUUAGUUCUUAUGUGCAAUAAAGGCAACUCUAUCGAAUUAACAAUCAACCCUGCUCUAAGAAACAAAAUUCUAUACUUGGUCAAUCUAUAAGUAUCUUGAAUGAUGAUAUCGUAUCAAAAUCUUCAGAGAAAUAUACUUCUAUAAAUAUAAUUUUUUUUAUACUUUUAAGACAGCAAAAUGUAUUUCAUCGAUGCCAGUGGCUUCAAAAUAGUAAAUAGUAAUUCCUUUUUUAAAUAGGUAUAACAUAUUUUAAUGAUAAGCAAAUAGUGCUAGAAAUAAAAAAAAAACAAUAAAUUUAUCAUACAUCGGCAUUCAUAAAGUGCAUACUUUACAUUAGGUUGUACCUUUUUGUACAAAAUAAAUCUGUAUUAUUUUGUGUAAUAAUAAAACAUUUAAUAAUAACCAUUCAAUAAAGAUUAACUGUCUUUGAAAACAAGUAUCUAUAAAAAAUCCGCAAAAAUUAAAAAUGUCAAGGAUUAAAAAUCCGUAAAAAUUAAAAUGUCAACUUUUCCUAAUAAA